AUGGGAACUCUCUUAGUAGCCAACAUGGCUCCCGAAGGAUUAGAAAGCUCCCAUGCAAAACUUCAUCCAUUCUUCAUCCUAGGAACGACUACCGACCUUCCAACAGCCGAAUCGAGCACGAACGGACAAACCCCGAAUGUGAACGAGCAGACGCCGAGCCAGUACUCGGAUAGACCGCCAAAGCAUACACAAACUCCCCAGCAGGCAUCCAGUGAUAUUGAAGGACACUCGUCUGACUUGGGCGAGGACGGGCGUGGGUACAAGAGACAGAAGACCAUCAAUACUGAACCUGGCUCUGGGAAGAAGAGAGGACGCCCAAGGAAGAAGCCCAAUGUGCCAACGACAGACAUAGCGAAACAUUUCUCCCAGAACAAUGGGGUGCCCUCAACGCCACUUGCAAAUGAGGUCCCACGAACACCGCCUCCGGAGCCCGUCGCUGCUCAAGAGGGCCCUGUCCUGUUGCCUGAGCCCUUUACCCCGGCCUUGAUCCCAGGUCCGCCGGCACCAAUGCCUGGUUUGGAAUCGAGCGUUGCGAAAGAUGACGCCCCCAAGACCACGAAAGUACUCAAGUUCAACCCUAAGACUGGCACAAUUGGCUCGCCUCCCAAGCCAAAAACAAAUGCUGCAGAGGCUUCAAAGGGUGCUAAGUCUUUAUCGUCACCCGCCAAGCCAUCUCGCAUUGUUACUAUUAAGUACGGUCAUGAUGCGGACUCACGCGCACGUAUUGGUCCCAAAAUUCAACAGAUACUAGCUAGCCCAUCGAAAAAGCCUAGUCCGCAGUCGAAAUCAACCCCUCGAAAAUCUCGCGCCAAAGUCCCGAAGGCAGACCAAGAUAAGUCAAAGUCAGGUAUUACUCACCCCAUGUUCCUUGGAAAGUCAAAAAACGCUGCCAAGCCGUCGGAUACACCCACUGCACCAGCCCCAAAACCACAUAGGGCAACCGUUUUCAGCUCGACGCCAUGCUCUCCCAAGAAGCACCGGUCAGUUCCUAUGUCUGGGAAAAUUCCGCAGUUUGGAAUGAAAUCCAUGGGACUGAAAGUACCGGGCUCUUGUCAUCCCGCUUGGCCAGCCCAAAGCUUAGCUCAUGUCAGAGGGUUGUCGGCUGAAGAAGAGAAUAUACCCACGCCUCAGCAUAUUUUAGAUGUGUCAUCUCGAAAAUCCAAAGGCCAAACAACAAAUAUUUUGCCUGGAGAGUCUAUCAUUGAUCGACUCGCCAAGUCUUUGGAUACUCUUAGCAUAACGAAGUCGAUCCAGGAGGCUACCGACGAUUACAAGCCACCGCCAUCGGAGCUUCGCCUUCCUGGAAAGCACUUCGAAAGCGGUCGCAAAUUGCGGUCAAGGAUUAAAUCUGAGCUGAGAACAUGUCUGCCGCUCGGUGCGCAGGCUGAAGAAAGUGACGAAGAAGUCCUUACUGCAUCUACGCGAAAACCUCAUCCGGCAGUUGCUCGGCUUUACAAUUCACUGGAAACCAAUCUCUCAGCAUAUGACAGAUCCCAGUGCGAGGAGCUUACCUGGGCACAAAAAUAUGCACCGAUCUGUGCUGAGGAGGUUCUUCAAAUCGGUAAGGAGGGUGUACUACUCAAGGACUGGUUGCAAACCCUCAGAAUUCAAUCUGUGGACACUGGCGCUGCCAAUGCCGACCAGAAACUGUCCGGCGUCAAGCCUGGUUCUGCUACCAAGAAGAAGCGGAAGCGCAACAAGCUUGACGGAUUUAUCGUACCGGAUGGCGAUGAGGCAGAGUUUCUGCCGACUGUCUCAGAUGACGAUGAAGAUGACUGGUUUCCUACACACAGCCAGGGCAGCCCAAAGAAAACUGUAGUUCGCAAAGAUGUGGGCAAAGACAUGAGCCGAUUGACCAAUGCAGUCGUUCUCAGUGGUCCUCAUGGCUCUGGGAAGACUGCCGCUGUCUAUGCUGUCGCAAAGGAACUGGGGUUUGAGAUAUUCGAGAUAAACGCCAGCAGCCGCCGUAAUGGCAAGGACGUCAUGGAAAAGGUGGGCGACAUGACACAGAACCAUCUCGUUCAGCAGAAUCGCCAAGGCGGAAAAGAUGACAACAGCAAAGGAGAUGACGAGACAUCAAAGGACAUCAAGUCCGGCAAGCAAGGUACCAUGAUGUCGUUUUUCAAGCCCAAAGCAACCAGUAAGCCCGAAUUGAAGGCUGAGCCGAAUGUUGAACCGAACCCCGAGCCAGAAAUUGAGCAGCCGACCGAAACGCCAAAGGCCACCAAGGCAAAGACUCAAAACCAAAAGCAAUCGUUGAUUCUUCUUGAGGAAGUGGAUGUUCUUUAUGAAGAGGACAAGCAGUUCUGGGCAACCAUCAUGAACCUGAUUGCCCAGUCCAGGAGACCGUUCGUCAUGACUUGCAACGACGAAAAUCUGGUUCCAUUUCACAACUUCAUUUUGUACGGCAUAUUCCGCUUCACGCCGCCCCCGGAGGACCUGGCGGUUGAUGUGCUUCUCCUUAUCGCUGCCAACGAGGGCCAUGCUCUUCGACGGGCUGCAGUAAGUGCGCUAUACGAAUCAAAGGGCUACGACCUACGGGCCUCUUUGAUGGAGCUUAACUACUGGUGCCAGCUUGGUGUUGGCGAUCGACGAGGUGGCUUUGACUGGUUUUACCCCCGGUGGCCCAAGGGGUGCGACAAAGACGAGAACGGGGACGUCGUCCGUGUUGUCAGUGAAGGAACAUAUCUGGAGGGCAUGGGAUGGGUCAGCCGUGACCCUGCAGUAACCUCAAACCCACAGGCCGCGGAAGAUGAGUUAAUGAUGCAGGGUUGGCAGGGCUUGGGACUGGACUUGGGCAACUGGCAUGAUUCUCUGGACAUGAUGUCCUGGGCAAACCGCCUUCAAACAUCCGCCGCCGGAGACAGAGCUGCCGCAUUAGAUGCGUUUUCCGACUUUACAGAUGCCAUGAGUGCGGCUGAUCUUUGCUCCAGCGGUGACUUUGGGCUUAAAUUCCAGGAGCCUCUCGACCCUACUCAACCAGACAUCUCGGGCAAGACGCGGGAUGACUUUAUAAUAGGAAGGCGGCUUAUCGAAGCGCCUCUGCUCACAACUUACACCUAUACAGCUACUGCCAUUGCAACCACCCUUAAAUCUACCGCCCGCCAGAUCCUCCAAUCCGCUCCAGUAACGGUUGGGUCUGGAGUGGAUAUGGGCUGCGUCGGAGAGGGCAAGGCUAUCCGGCAGAUGCGGCAGUCCUUUAUCAAGCCAACCAGGGACACAGUCGUAUCACGCUAUGACAUGAGUCUGGCUUUUGACCCCAUCGCGGCCUCUGAGAAGGCGGCGACCAGCUUAUCCAACAGCCUGGAGCCUUCAGUAUUCGACAGAACUAUGCGGAUGAUCACCCUGGAAGUUGCCCCUUACGUGCGCGGUAUCAUUGGAUUUGACGACCGCUUGUUGCACGAACGGAUACAAAGGGGUACACUACUCAGCGAGGGUGGCCGACCAGGGAAGCGUAUGCGCAGCACUCGGAGCGCGCUUUCGGCUCAAGAGGGCGUGGCGCGCGGUAGUACUCGCAGAGAGAGUUACUUCACAGCCGAGUUGAGCACGCCGCUGGUGAUGCGGACUGGAGGAGAGAAUUGGCAGGCGGCCGUAGACGCAGAGAUGAGGUUGAUGGAGCGGGCUUUGAGUGCGGCCCCUAGCGAUGGUGCUGGCGAGAUGCCUGCUUCAGCGCCCAUCACUGAAGCUCUGGUAGUGAACGUGGAAUAG